ACUAGAGAGUGUGCGACACUUAUUACACGCAGCUCUGGGUUUUGACAGCCCGCCCGCCCGCCCGCCGCGCCUCCCUCGUCCAGUGGGGAGCUGCCACAUUCCUCUACCCGGAUCACCUUGCGUGUCCGGCUGGCACCUGCGGCCUUCCCCCUCCCCGCGCGUUGCAUUGGCUAGCUCCGGUCCGAUCCAUCCUGCUGGUUCUGGCUUCCAUGAGACCCUGACCUGAGGCGCGGUACGUACGGUAGCAGCAGCCUGGUCAAUUAGUUAGCUAGCCCGAGCCCCAUGGACAGGAGGAUGGACAGGCUCCUCGCCUCCUGUAUACCGGGCAUGGAGGCGGCGGAACGGGAAGACGAGGGGCUGGAGCUCAGCCUCUCGCUGCACCCGUUGCCGUCGUCGCCGCCCAGGUUCCAGGCGGUCUUCGCCUGCUGCUACUGCCCCAGGAAGUUCCGCAGCUCGCAGGCGCUCGGCGGCCACCAGAACGCGCACAAGGUGCAGCGCAACCUGGCGAGGCGAGGCCGGGAGGCCGCCUCGGCGCCAGCCGCGCCGCCGCCGGUAGCCGACCAGGGCAUCAGCAGGGCGUCCGGCAGCGAGAGCGCGCCGACGCCGCGCUCCAGGGCGGACCACCCGGGCGCCGAUGCGUGGCACCACCGCCGUCAACACUACCUUUAUCCGCGCCCGGCCCCGGCGGGGGGUGCACAAGCCUCGUCCGGUGCAUCGAGGGCCGGCGGAGAGGACGGGGAGGAGAUUAUUGACCUGUCCCUCAAGCUAUGAACUUAUCCAUCCAUCCAUGAGAGCUAGCUAGCGGCCCAGCACUACUAGCAGCAGUUCUUCUGAUCCUCUUGGUUCUCUUCCAUUAGCUUAUUGCUUAGUCGUUUCUUCAUCACGUCAUUUAUUAUUUCUUGUUUGAUGAUCUACGGUACGCGUGUGCUAUUCCUUGUCUCAGCUUUGUGGACUCGUAUGAUGCAUGAUUGAGAUAUUCUUGUGUCGAAUUCAGGGACGGAGCACGCAGGGGAGUAAUUAAGGUAAUAAUUGGGUGCACUCAUCAGAACCUUCUUCCCGGAGCUGGAUCUUGUAGUACUAUACUAAUGCUGAUCGCUCUGUGACAAUGUUCUGUCCUAGAAUUGCUACCUUUCGGACUUAGCUUUCCGCAGGUUUCAGGUAACCAAUGACUGCUUUAGCUUGUUGCUCUAGGGAUUUUUUUUUAUUGUUCAGUGGCCGUCGUCUCUCCCAGUAGCUAGUCCUUCUAGUAGUCAAUUAGUGCCACAAAUCAACCUCAUGCCCUAAUGCUGUGUUGAGUUAGGAACUACUUAGGAUAAACCCAUUUUUGCCAUGUUUUUUAGGAUUAUAGUUACUGAAAAAAAUUCUAGACAAACACUAUCAUACACAUUAUUCCUACUAGAUGUUCUUUUUAAUUUAUUUCCUAAUAAAAUGUUUAUUUAAG